UCUGAGAACCAUCCCUCAGUGAUCACAGUGUAUGGAGUUGACCUGACUCUGGGCUGCCUGUUCCCUUCUGAUGGUCGAGGAGAUCUGCUGUAUUCACUCUGUGAACACCACUGAUGCGAUUGUGACAGGAAGUAUGACCUCAUUCUGCUGCCCUGCCUCUAGUUCGGAAAGGCUGAUAUUGAAAGUAAACAAGGUCCGUGAGACUAGCUCCCAAGAAUGACAAGCUAUUCUAUUCUAGGAAGCGGCUGAAAGAUCCAGAAGCCCCUGACGACCAAAUUGCCCUGUGAAUGUGGCAGGGACAUGAUCAGCUCCCACCAGAAGGGAAGACGGGAUGCCCUUUGGGAAGUCACUUCUGCACCUGUUGACAUUCUGAUGGGAUUUUUCAGUUGAAGAACGGCUUGGUCCAGCUUUCUGCACUACCAACCCCAGGGAAGCUUCAUAUUUCAGAAAUCCUCCUGUCAUUUAUCAGUUGGAAGAAGAGCCUGGGGACUCCCUGUGGAGGAAUAUAAAAAAAAAAAAUCUGUGAAGUUUGAACGAGCGGCCUUCUCAAGAUGGACCGAGACUCUCCACUGAUGUCGACACCAGUAGCAAAUAACUCCAGGUCAGACGAAGGGCCUUCUGGAAAGCUGUCCCCGACAUGCCUUUUCCCAAGCUUUACUUAUGACUUCCUGGAUGGAGACAAUUCUUUUGAAUGCUGCUCCAUAGACCCCCUGACAGGCUCCCACUGUAUCUGCCGCAGAAGCCCCCGACUCCUCACCAAUGGCUACUACAUUUGGACGGAGGACAGUUUCUUCUGUGACCCAGAUGGCCACAUCACACUGAACCCCUCCCAUACCAGUGUGAUGUACAAGGAGAACUUAGUUAGAAUAUUUAGAAAGAAAAAGAGAACCCACCGUUCUCUUUCUUCUCUCUUGGACCCCAGAGCCUCUAAGUCUUGGCUGCAUGGAAGUAUCUUUGGAGAAGUUGACUCACUCCCAAGUGAGGAUCUCUGGCUGGAUGGAAUCAGGAGCCUUGGAAGUGAUCUAGACUGUUCUCUGAGUGAUGGAUGGGAGUCUCAGAAGCCAAUCACAGACACUUCAGAAUCCUCCUCUUCUGGCUACAUCCUGCCUCAGUCUCUCAGAGAAAGCCAAAGUUCCUCUCUUCAACUUCAAAUGAAAGCAUCAGGGCACUUCGAAAAGAACAGUUUGGUUCAUUCAAGAGCUGGUUUGAUGCAUAAGGUCUCCUUUCAGGCAAUCCUCCUAGCAGUGUGCUUAGUCAUUUCUGCAUAUGCAAGAUGGUUUGUGGGAGGAGAAUUAGCCAGCAUCAUUACAUGUGCAUUGCUGAUCACAAUCAUUGCUUAUGUUGUGAAAUCACUGUUUCUCAACCUUGCCAGCUAUUUCAAAGCUACCUCCUGUGCUAGAUUUGACAGCACUUGAGGAAUACAUGUGAUGCAUGUCUUCGCUCUGAAUACCUGGAAACAGUAAUUUGGAGUCUUCUUG